AUGGUGAGCGCCGCCUUGUUCUCGCAGCGGCUGCGGGCACGGCUCUGGCAGAACCGCGGCGUGCUCGCCGUCGUCGGCGGGCUCUCCCUGCUGCUGUUCGUCCUCGCGUCGCCCUCACCGCCAGCUUCAACGUCCCGACCACCAACCUCGACCGCCGCACGGGCCGCCGCCGCCGCACCGCUUCAGAGCUCGAGUCGCCCGAGUCGGCGCAAGCCGUCGUCGUCGGGCCAAGUCGUGUGGGCUUCGACGCAGGCCGGGCUCGUCCAGAAGCGCCUCGCGGCGCCGUUCGACGACCACCGGGCGACAUUCAUCCACGCCGUCGUCCAGAGGGAGAACGAGACGUAUCGGACGCCCGGCGCCGACUGGCAGCGCUACGUCGCCCUGCCCUUGCACGUCGAGAAGCUUCCGUACGCCGACCCGGCGCACCAGAUCCACUCGGCGCAUCUCGACUUUGUCUCGGUCGCCAAGUGCACGCACACGUUCGACGGCGAGAUGUACGAGACGCGAGCGCUGUCGGACCACGCCGACUACGUCUACUUCGUGCGCUGCCCGAUCCCGGACGAGCUCGACGAGGAACUCGACGCCGUCCCGGACGGGACGCUCAAGACGACGCUCACGUGGGUGUAUCGCGACGGGCAGGGCAGCUUCAACAAGACGUUCACGCUCGAGGCGCACUACCCUGAACCCGAAACCGAGUUCGGCGUCUGUCUCUCGCCCAUCUGGGCACACUUAGACGCUCGGGCGACGCUCGAGUGGCGCGAGAACCUGCGCACGCUCGGCGUCCAGGCGGUGCACUGGCACGCUCGCGACGCUGCCGUCGGCGACUUUGUCCAGCGGUACGUCGACGCGUCGGGCGCCAAGGACACCUGGCUCUACUCGCCGCCGACGAGCCUCGAGACGUACGGCCACCGCGACAACCUCGCCGACAACGGGCUGUACGGCGACCAGAUCAUCUACUACCUGUCGUGCAAGUUCCGCUCGCUCCACACCAGCCCGUCGAGGUGGCUCGCCUUCAUCGACCGCGACGAGGACUUCGUCCCCAAGGUGUACCCGUCGGCGGCCCUCUCGGACGACGAGGCGGCCGCGCAGCUCGCCCGCUUGCUGCCCGACUACUUCUCGACGGUGCCCGAAGCCGUUGGGUCCACCUGCUUCGGCAAGGGCUACCACGGCGCCCUGAUCAAGAGCGUUGCGAAACGAGUUCCCGCCGAGGUGGCCAAGACGCAGCCGCUCGAGCUCGCGUGGAUCCAGAAGCUCGGUCCGCCGACAACGUCGAUCAAGUGCAUGCACCGCACCAAGGCGUUCAUCCACGCGACCGUGCACUACGGCGAGCAGUGGUACCCGGGCUACGCUCCCGUCACGCUCGAGAACGGCACCGAGCACAUGUCGGACGCUGUGCCGUUCCGGCUCAUCCACCAGAUCCCCAAGGGCGGCUGGUUCAGCGUGCCCAAGCCGUACACGCCGCCUUACGUGCGCGACGACCUCGAGGCGUACCUCGCCCGGCUGUGGCGGUUGCGCGAGGCGACGUGGGACAAGAUGGGCUGGGCGUGCAGCGAGGUGCCGUGCCGGUUCGCGUCGGACGAGUGAGCCGGGCGCGCAGGAGCCUCUU